AUGCAAACGCCGGUAUCUAUCACGCGGCGUGUGCGUGUGGCAGGCAUAGACGCAGAGGAUGUUGCAGUGCACGGAGAGCUCUUCAACACGUUUUCAAAAUAUGGCGUAAUUGAGGAGGUGCUCUUUGAAGAGGAUCGUGACUUUCAUAGCGGUUCUGUUACCAUUCAAUUCCAACGCCUUUCUUCCGCAGAGCGUUUGCAGAAUGAUCUAUCCUCGUCUGGGCGUCGUUGGAUUGUUAGCUACCUCCCACCAAUUGUUCAUGUGGGCGAGAAACUGUUGGCAACGUCAUUAUCAAGCCUCGAUAUCUCCCUUUUACGUUCGCUCAUUUCUCAGGAUGUGGAGGAUGUAGCGAUCGAGGAGAAAGUUUUGCAGGUACCACACACAUUGAGCAGUGAAGCAGCAGAGAUCGCUGCGACGAGUGCAACUCCCGCCGUUAUUGGCGGUCAUGUGGGCAACCGAGGGGCUGCCAAGGUCAAGCCGCCCAGCAGUAGGAACGAGGGUGUCGUCCGCAUGUUUCUGCAAGCGCUAUCACGUGUGAAAGCCCGCACAAUCGGAAAAUAUGCAGCGGUUAUGUCGUUCAAGGAUGUUCACAGUGCAAAUGCAUACCUUACAAACAACCAGGCGACUUUAGCGACGAAUAAUGCAGUAUACGUAACACACAUUGGACCUAACGACGAACUGAUACAUGCUCUAAAAGAUAUUUUAUUAACACGAUGGGCUCUAAAGGAAGUCAAGGUGGGUUCUGUGCUGCGCGGCGUCGUUCUCCCACAGUCGUCUGAAGGCGGUGUUGGUAACACAGUGACCUCUUGUGACGUUGACGUAGGACUGGCUAGGAAGGGCCGAACAAUCGUCGUGCGUGCAAAGACAAAUUUCACGAAAGUUUUCCCGUGGGACUUUGUGGAAGUAAAACUUACUUCAUUAGAAACAGCGCGGGAGGGGAACUUCGUCGAGGCAGAUCUGUGUGCCACUUUGAAUGCAGUGAACUGUGGGCUGAGUGGUACAGGUAAUAAUUCCGACUUACUCCACUGUCUGGCGCGUCGGGGAGGUCCUUCGUCACUUGUUAGCAGCUCCAGUUGUGACGUUCUCACUAAGAGCGAUGCGCCCAGUUCAUCCAAAAAGGAACUGGCCGGCCGGCUUUUCAAGGCGCUGCAAGAGCGGAAGGCCGCGGCUGAGGGUGGAUCGGAUUCUUCACGGCGGCAGCGGCACUGGUCGUCCACGGCGGAGCGUGUACAUGCGUUCCCAACCGGAAUUCACACCCUCUCCACCAUCUCAGUUUGUAUCCUGCGUGUUGACGAUGAUGGACUACAUGCGCGUAUUGCAGCGCCGCCGCACGUUACAACAUCAACAAUACCGGCGGCUUCUUCCGUCGAGUGGCCUGUGUUUAUUCCCUCAAUGUUUGUCCCUAGUGAGGGUGGCAGUCACUGGCGCGAGUUUGCCGUUCCUGGCGAGCGUAUGAGUGUUGCUGUGUUGUAUGCCACUUCCAUUGGUGGAAGCGAGGCGGCUUUGCGACUUGUGGCCUCCAAACGCGAUGCGGAGAUGCGUCGGGCAUCGUUUACUCUUUCUCACGGAGCGUUUCCAGAUGAGGAAGAGCAACGGCGGCGAAGUGGACAACACACUAACGAAUCACUUUUGUUGCCCGGUACGUCGUUCAGCGGCACUCGAGUGGUUUGGCUGCCGAGUACACCGAGCACAGAUGAUCCUGUCUACAUCGUGCUCCCCGCCUCUACAUCACCACCACAGUUAUUCACACUAUCUAUAUUUAUGCAUGAAACAUGUCCAACCUCCGGCAGCACUCAUGCAUCUGCAGUGGACGCGGUGAUGAGCACCCUCGUUGUCUCCGAGGUGGUGCAUGAACCAUGCCGGGGUUACUACGCUGUGGCUGUGGAGGAACCCACCUAUCGCCAGCAGCAGGAGGAGCGUCGCACUGUACAGUCGCAGGUCGAGUCCGAACAGGAAAAGCGGGUUCAACGUAUUUUGGCUGAGGCACUUGCAGGUUGCAAGUCUGGGCAGUCAAAUGCAAAAGCGGAGGUCCUUGAUGAGGUCGGGCAAAAACGGCAGCGUUCACCUGGGGUGUAG